UCUCUCUUCACUUUCGUUCCAUCUCGAGUUGGGUUCCUGCGCAGAAUUUACACGGGAGUUGGGUUCGGGGCCUGUCGUUGCGAACAUCCCGCCUUCGAUUUGGUCGGUUCUUUCGCCAUUCCCCGUGCAAUCUCUCCGCCGUGCUUCUAUCCUCACCGCUGCUACCGCGUGCAGCCGCUGUCCUCCCUUCACAGAUCCCCGUGACUCGUUGUGGACACGUCUCAAAAGCUACAACUGUAGUCGCUGUCCUUCGUACACAGAACCCUGUGAAUCCUCUUUACGCUGACCGCAUUUUGCCUGUGAAUCGUGUUUCCGGGCGUCGCCUCCCUUCGCUAGUGAAUCGGUCACCGCCUCUCGCCCGUGGAUCGUGUUACUGAUCACCUUCGCCGUCGUCGUUUCUUCUUAGUGGUUCAAACACCACUCCUCGCAAUGCCAGCGCUGGCCGCCACUCUCACUCGGAGCUCCUUAGCGUCUCUCAAUUCAUGCUUCGUUAGAGAUGGUCUCGUUACCGAUUCAAGACUAAAUCCAGCAGGAAUACGCCAAAAUCGACGGCCAGAUGGUUCCCAGUUGUCGAAUAAAUGUUCCCCAGUAGUAGUGCUAGCGGCCGGCACGGCGCAUCGUCGUCGGAAAUGGCCGGAGGCCCGUCCUCUAGUCUCUGGACGCGUUACACGCAAGGCGCUGGUGCUUAUAAAGGAGCUGAAAACGAAGCCGCCUACUAACGAGGAUGAGCUUCAUCAACGGCUCGAGAACUGGGUGAAGGGAGUGCGGCCACACCGUCGGGAUCUGAUCGACACGAUAAAAGAGAUGGACACUGCUGAUACCAGAGAGCUGCUGUGCCAGGUCAUGCAGUGGUCCCUAUCAGAGGAUUGGUACGAGGCUGACGCUCGGGACUACACGAAGCUGGUGGAGAGGUUCGGCAAGGACGGGCGGCUGGGGGAGAUGGAGCGAGCUUUUGCAGGGAUGGAAGCGGAUGGGAUAGCUCCGGAUUUGAUAUCUUUCUCAGUGAAGAUCAAUGCAUAUGGCCGGGCCAAAGAGGUAGAGAAGGCGGAGGCAGCAUGGGAGGAAAUGAGACUACGCGGCAUUACCCCCGACGCCAAGGCGUACACCACCAUGAUGACAGUCUAUGGCAAGGCAGGCCAACCAGAUAAAGCCGAGCAGCUGCUGGACGCCAUGCUCGCUGCUGCCUGCAAGCCGUCGCUGGUGACCCUCUGUUCAAUCAUCACUGCCUAUGGGCUUGCUGGUCGGCCGGACGACGCCCAGAGGGUGUCUGAUAAAGUGCUGUCACAGACAGAUUUGACCCCUGAUUGCAAUACGUUCACCGCGCUGUCAGCAGCCUUCGGGCUCAACGGACGCACCGACGAGGCCGUGGCAGCUUUCAAACGCAUGGUGGCUGCCGGGCUGAAGCCCGACGACCGGUCCGUGGCCCGACUGGUGGAAGCGCAUGGCAGCAUGGAUAGGCAGCUAGCGUUGCUGCUUGGCGAAGGAGGGGAGGGAGGGGAGGGAGGAAGGGAGGAUGAGGAGGGGGGAGGAAAGGAGAGUGAGAGGGAGGGGGGACGGGGGGAGGGUAGUGAGGAGGAGCAGUUAACAGGUAGUGCGACCAGUGAGGAAGGGAGAGUGAAGGGGAGGGAGGCGAGUGAGGAGGAGAAGCUGAGGUGCCGACAAGCCGUGAAGCUGGUUCUCGAGCUGGAAGGGGCGGGCAUUAGGCCAGGAGUCGAAACAUACACUUCUCUCAUCUCCCUCUUCGCCAGCCAUGGUCUCGUCCGAGAAGCAGCGGAGGUGUUCGAGGAGAUGCAGCGGGUGGGGCUGCAGCCCAAUGCCAGGACAUACACGCGCCUUUUUCAGGCAUACGCGCUCGCAGGGGAUAUGGAUAGCUGCUCUCAGGUUCGGAAGACCAUGCAGGUGCUGGGUUGGACGCUCAACCCACCCAUAGUCCGUGGCAUGGUCCGGGCGCUGGUGGCGGGAGGGCAGGGCGGUGCUGCUGCUGAGUUGGUGCGAGAGGCGGAGGAGGAGGAAGGGAUGAGGGUUGAUGGGGAUGUGAAGGAGAUGGCUGGGCGCUAUGCAGAGGAGUUGGUGCACUAAACCGAGUGCUGAGCAACCAACCCGCUUGUAGUUUGUGGUUGAGCACCAUGCCAAGGGGGAGGAGUUGGUGUAUUCGUUGUGUGGGCGCCACUGAGCAAUCAAAAUCAACCGGCUUAGAGUGUGGCUGGGCCAAUGAUAAGGAGUUGGUUGGUACAUUGGUGCGAGCACUCGAUCCCGCCAUUUGGGGGCAUGGUUUGGCGCUGGUGGCGGUAACAGGGAGGGCAGUGUUGAAAGGUAGUUAGUUACUUCAAUUGGCAGGGCGGUGCUGCUGCUGAGUUGGUGUGAGGGAGACGGAGGUCUCGUUAGGUGGUUGAUGUGGAUGUGAAGGAGAUGGUUGAACCUGCUAAGGAGUUAGUGGGCUGAAAAGUGACCCCUGAACGCUCAACCAAACCCACCAUUGGAGUGCAGGGUGGUAGUGCUGCAAAGGCGGUGCAAGUCUGCAACAGCAGAGGAGAGGCUGGAGGUUCAUAAAGAUGUGAAAGGGUUUGCUAAGACCAGGAUUUGCCUCCUGCAGCUCUAGAUCAGGGACAAUCCCUACCGCUGGCACUGGCCAGCAGACAUGCAACCACUGGCCUGUUGAAAAGAACGAACAAAUGAGCAACACUAGUACUUCAGAAAGGUAGUGCUACUAAUGCAAAUCACCAG